AUGCUGCGGAAGAUAGAGCCUUUCAAGCAGGCGGAGAUCGACCGUGAGCUUUGUGCCAAAGAGUUCCGCCAAUGGGCGAAGAGCAUGGGGCCACGGGCGGUCCGCCCAACUGUUGAUGAGAGCAGCUUCUACCGAACCCCAGUGCCCGGUGAGCCCGUGACAAUCACUGGCUUGCGGCGCCGCGCGGAGCUGAACGGGGUUCACGCAGAGAUCUUGAGCAACCAGCAGGAUGAAUUCGGACGCUUGCAUGUUCGGCUUCACACGGCCGACAAGCGGAUUAUGAAGAUCCAGCCCUGCAGGCUCAUGCCCGAGCAGCCGCUACGGCGGCUUGACCUCUUUGCAAUAUGCCCUUGCACUGGGAUCUUUGACAGACAGAGCUUGCCCUUGGCAUGCGCCAACGCGCUGCGUGACGUGUGCAAUGUACGAUAUGUGCAUUCGCAAGGCAAGAAGCAGUUGGCAUUCCUGCAAUGGCCUGCGGCUCAGCCUUCGAGAUUCGAGACGUGCGGCACUGAUAUUCGAGGUCGGGACAUGCUUUUCUCGGCUUCAGCUCCUCCUCAGGCUGCCUCGCUUACCGGCAUGACGGCAGGAGGCGGAAUCUUCACUUCCUCAUCAAGUUCUGGUGGCUUCGCCGGCUCAGCUGGUGCAUCUGCACCUGCACUCGCAGCAUCCAGCGGCAGCAUCUUCGCAACAAGCAGCGGAAGCAGCGGAAGCAGCGGCGGUGGGAUCUUUUCUGCCAUUCCUAGUGGCAGCAGUGGCGGCGUGGCCGGUGCCACGGCCAGUGCCAUGGCACCCGCUGGGAACUUUGGAGCUUCCAGUGGAAGCAGCGCCUUCGGUCCGCCCUCGGGUGGCAUCUUCGGUCAGGGAGGCGGACCUGCGGGCGCGGCAUUUGGAGCUCCUGCAGCGGGUGCCCAAAGUGGGCCUAGCAUGUUUGCUCAAGCGUUCCAGCAGUCGAGACCAGGCCCUGGUGGCGCACGGCGCCGACGGCGCUGA